GCACGCCGCGCUGCAGGCACCGGGCCCCUCGCGGCUCCUGCGCGGCCGUUUCCGGUGGGGCGCGGCGCCUCCGCGCGGCCCGGCUCCUGCGCGCUCAGCACGGCUGGCCGCGGCCCGAUGCAGACGGACCGCGGAGCCCGGGGCGGCCACGGACGCCGGCCCGGCCGUGACCGGCCCGGCGGAGAUCGCGACCGCGAGAGGGCGGGGGCCGCGGCGGCGGCGGCGAGAGGCGGCGGCGGGGACGGAGGCGGCCGCCGGGGCCGCGGUCGGGGUUUCCGCGGCGGCCGUGGACGAGGCGCCCCGCGGGGCGGACGCCGGGAGCAGGGAGGCCGGGGCGCCGGAGCCAGAGCGCCGGUUGAAGAUGGCAGUGAUGCAGAGACCUAUGGAGAAGAGAAUGAUGAACAGGGAAAUUAUUCUAAGAGAAAGAUAGUCUCUAACUGGGAUCGAUAUCAAGAUACUGAAAAAGAAGUCGAUAAUGAAAGUGGAGAAUCGCAGAGGGGGACGGACUUCAGUGUUCUCCUCAGCUCUGCAGGGGACUCCUUCUCACAGUUCCGGUUUGCUGAGGAGAAAGAGUGGGAUGGUGAAGCUUCAUGUCCAAAGCAGAAUUCAGCAUUUUAUGUGGACUGUGAGUCAUUGGUUCAAGCCCUUCAAGAACUGCCUCUCCCCCUCCGACUCAAUGUUGCUGCUGAAUUGGUCCAGACCGCCCUUCCUUUAGAGCUUCCUCAGGUGAAACCAAAGAGAAAGGAUGAAGGCAAGGGACUAGGCAUGCAGUUAAGAGGGCCCCCGGGGCCUGGAGGAAAGGGGUCCAUGUCUGAGCUGAAAUCUGCACCUGCUGGCUGCCCCGGGUCCCUGGGUAAAGCUAGCCCAAGACCAGGCCCUUCAGAGGGCUCCCAGGAACCCGCUUCCCCCCUGCAGUCAGCAGCGGACCACCUGGAAGAAGAAUUAGAUCUGCUGCUUAGUUUAGAUGCGCCUGCAAAAGCGGGAGCGAACAUCUUACCAGACCAGAUGCCCCAGGACCUGGAAUCUGAGAAAGAUGGGGAGGUGCUGGCUCAAGAAGAAGAAGUUCCUGCAGAACCAUCUGUGGCGGAAGAAAAGAUUGUGGAACCCGAGCAACCAAGCACAUCCAAAAACGUUACCGAGGAAGAGCUUGAAGACUGGUUGGACAGUAUGAUUUCCUAACGAAAAAGAGAAAGAAAAAAACAUGCCUGACGUGUAAGGCCGGGCCCAUGGCUGUCCUUGAGAGCAGCUGGUUUACGAGCUUGCCCCGCGCCAGUGUGUUCCAUCAGCUCACACAGUGCACACCUACCUCUGUGUUUGACAACAGCCACAGUAAUACAUUUAUGAGGCUCGGGGCAUUUUUCUCUGACUUAGUCAUCUCACACUCAGGAAGGGCGGAGAUGCGCUUGUUUCCAGCACAGCAAGUGCUGCUGCUGAAGAGAAGAGAGCAAGCAACAGGGCAUGCAUUUGGCCAAAUAAACCAAUGCUGGUC